UUGGUUAGCCAUUUUUCCAGUAGCUUUGCACACACUGACACACAGAGGAAAGCAUUGUAGAUGAUCAGGCUGUGGAUGCUCUGGACUCAGGCACCUCACAGGAUGGAUACAAAGAUGUAUUUGACUUACCUGAGCAUUUUCCUGUUUAUGAUGUUAAGAGUGUCAAGGACCAACAGUCAUGCAGAUGAAAAGGGGCACAUGAAUACAUCUACAGAGAGCGCUACUACAGUUGUCACUGUAAGUAGAGUGGAAGGCAGAGUAACAAGAGAAGUUGGCACCUCCCCGGAAAUUUCCCCUGAGCAAACCACAAACCAGCACGGAAGCGUCUCCCUCAGUAACCCCACAUCACAAACAAAGUCUUCAGCAGUUCCCAGUGUGGAGACAACAGAUCAACCAAAACUCACAUCCACUUCAGCAUCUCCAGUGAAAACCGUCCAAUCUGCACCUGGGAAGAAAUGGACCGCUAUACUUAUCUGGAAUUCAGAAUGGGACAAAGAUUUCACCUAUGAUUAUGAGUCCGUGAGAAAUGCUGGCUUGGUCAUUGCGGCGGUGCUGUUCAUCCUGGGUAUACUGGUCAUUACCUGUGGAAAGCUCAGUCGGCUGCCCAAAUGUCCGAAGGGGUCAACAAAGUCAUACCGAGUGGUCCAAGGAUAAGGAGAUAGAGAGCACGUAUUCAGCAGAGCACGUAUUCAGCAACCAAAGAAAGCAGCUGCAAGAAAACAACCAGGAAUCCAUCAAAACACCUAAGAGAGUGUGUGUGAAUGUGGAGUGACAGACUGCUUAGUAACUGUCAUAGAAAAACAAUAAACAUAGAAAUCAUGACUCAUGCUGACAAGUGAAAAAGUGUAACAUCACCAUUUCAUCAUAGUCAACUAUUUCUAUAGUUGGCAAAAAUGCUCUAAAAAGUCAAGUGAUUAUUUAUCCUGGACAAUGAAUAGAUGAGUUCCAUUUUAAUCAAACCUUCAGCCAUGAAGCAGGCUUGUUUCUAAUGACCUUUGCAUCUUGUAACUAAUGCCAUAGCCACCGGCAGUGUCUCACAGCUCGGAUUUAUUAUUAAAGGUUAUGAGGAAUAACCCCAUAUCAUCUCAUAUUUGACAGUCUUGCACAGCCCUUUUCACUGUUCUGUGAGGAUAUAAAAAUAUAAGUUAGGUCACUUCAUCAUAGCUCCUGCACUCUCUUUACACUUUGAAUCUCAACGAAAAAAGGAUGUUUAGUAAGAGCGUCUAAGCCUCUUAGUGGCUCUAUGCUUGUAAGCGAGUAAAGCCCUAGAUUAAACAACAUCCAUUGGCACAUUAUCUCCAUAUCCAUAUGGCAUCAAAAUUAUGCAAACAACAAACUGGGAGAAGGCAUGCAGAUUUCAUAAUAC